AUGCCUUCCUCUAAAGAAUCCUCUGUCGACAUAGAAGACUACGAUCUCCCUGAUGCCCCCGAAACGCCAUCUAACUUUCUUGAAGUUCCUCUAUCUAAAGUAGAGGCCACUUCUGAACCCGACAUCCAGGGCCUCCACCUCAAAAGAGAUGAAGAAGACGACGAUGACGAAAACUCACCCGUCAAACUCGAAGACAUAUUCUCAGACGAUGAAGAAGAUUUCCUUGGCGACGCCGAUGAUGCCGACUUUCUCAUAUCAGAGACCCCCGUGAAAUCCGAGCCUGAGUCUGCCGCCGCAGACACCCCCGUAUUCAAGCCUACAUUGCGUCCCUCCGACCCGGAGGUAAUGAUCGCGUUCUACCAGCGCCUCUUCCCUUUCCGUACGCUCUUCCAAUGGCUCAACCACUCGCCAGUACCCAGCAAUGACUUUGGACACCGUGAGUUCGCAUUCACACUCCAAAAUGAUAUAUACCUACGUUAUCAGGCAUUUCCGACCGCUGACUCGAUGCGCAAAGAGGUCCUUCGUCUGAACCCUUCACGUUUCGAGAUUGGCCCUGUAUAUAGCGCAAACCCGCGUGACCGAAAAGUAUUGCGAAAGUCGGCGUUGCGCCCGCUUACGAAGGAGCUGGUAUUCGAUAUCGAUCUGACGGAUUAUGAUGAGGUGCGCACGUGCUGUGAUAAAGCAAAUAUUUGCAUCAAGUGCUGGCAGUUCAUCACUGUUGCAAUAAAGAUCGUGGAUGCCGCGCUGAGGGAUGAUCUUGGGUUUAAACACAUCAUGUGGGUCUAUUCAGGUAGAAGAGGAGCGCACGCCUGGGUGUGUGAUCGCAGAGCGAGGGCAUUGGAUGAUAUGAAGAGGAGGGCGGUAAUAUCUUAUUUAGAAGUCAUUAAGGGUGGUAAUCAGGCGGGCAAGAAGGUCAAUGUUAGGAGGCCGCUGCACCCACAUUUGGCGCGGAGUCUGGGAAUCCUACGAGAUCCAUUCAAGAAAGACGUUCUUCGCAAUCAAGAUCCUUGGAGAGAAACCGAGCGCGCCGAGCACUUGCUCUCUCUCCUCCCUGAUAAAGAGCUCAACGACGCCCUCCGCAAAAAGUGGGAUAGCCACGACAACCGCCCAAGCACUAGUAAAUGGGAUGACAUAGACGCACUCGCCGGCGCCGGCGUAUCAUCAACUAUUGACCCAAAGAAGCUUCGAGACUCGAAACAAGACGUCAUCCUCGAAUAUAUGUAUCCGAGGUUGGAUGUAGAGGUGUCCAAACAUUUAAACCAUUUGCUUAAAAGCCCAUUUUGCGUGCAUCCAGGAACCGGUCGUGUGUGUGUACCCAUCGAUUCUUCGAGACCCGAGGAGUUUAACCCAGCCGAUGUUCCAACAGUGUCACAACUGUUGGGCGAAAUUGAUUCGUGGAAUAAAGAAAAUCCCGGAGCCGGUGCUGCGGAUGGGGAGAAGGUCGAUGAUUGUGAUAAAACCUCUUUAAAGCCAUACGUAGACUUUUUCAAGAACUUUGUUGCAGGCCUACUAAGGGACGAAAACAGGAUCAAGAGAGAAAGAGAUGAGGGCGCUGGGGAUGCCAUGGAGUUCUAA